ACCAGUACCGUAGUGAUGUCCUAUUCGGAUGAUGGUAUCUUAAUAUUAAAAAAAGAAAAAGUCGCUACACGCUGCGAGUUAUCGUUGAUAUCGAAAGAAAUUUUAUCUGAAGUGUCUGAACAGUUUUCCGCUGAAAAUAAAUUUUCAGACGAAUCGUUACUACAGCUUCACGGUAUUUUUGGCGAUGUUUUCGAUCGUGCAGUAGAACUACAUGAAUUGUCUAGGGUGACGAAAAUAUGUUCUACACCGGUAGCGGGAAUUUCGAAGGAAAGAACUAAUGCACGGUGGCUUUUGCAAGUGAAGGGUAUUUCCGGCGAACAAUACACGCUUUUUCCUGGGGUUAACUUUUGCAGCUGUGCAGCCUUCAGGUACCAUGUUAUAAAUGAUGAGAUUGCGUACACCUGCAAACACGUUUUAGCGGGGUGGCUGUCUUCACUUGAUACUCAGAAGCUGUGUAUACAAGAACUUCUUUCCACUGAUUUUCGCAACCUCUUGAAAUCCCAACUGAUGUAUUGAUAACAUGAGCUUCGAUUCGCAAAAUUAUCAACUCGUUGCCAAGCUCAAGAAUCUGAAAUCUGUUGUGCAGCUGCUUAAGUCUGUCAAUUUCAAGGAGACUGCAACAUGCUUGGGAUCACACAAUGGAUUGAAAGUAACAGUCGAGGAUGCAAAAUGUAUGCAAGCAAGUGCGUACAUUCCUUCGGUGGUUUUUGAAGAGUUCAAUUUGAAGCAAGAUGUUAUAUUCAGAAUUAAUUUGUCCGUUCUUGUCGAGUGUUUGUCCAUGUUUUGGGGAGACAUAAAUACUCAGGACAGUUCUGUAGCCCUGCAACUUUUUUAUGAGGGUAUUGGACAUCCUGUGACUGUACUCAUUGAAGAAGAUGGCAUAAUAACAGACUGUUCCUUGAAAACUCAAGAGCCAGACGAAUUGCUAGAUUUUAAUUUGUCACAAGAUAGUGUGAUCAACAAAGUUCUAUUGAAAACGGAAUUACUCAGAGAUGUUUUGUCAGAAUUAGAUCCAACGUGUGACGUAUUAGAGCUCUUGCUGUCACCUGAUCCACCCUACCUCCGAAUCAGCACAGAUGGGGCAGCCGGGGAAUGCCAGAUUCAAGUACCACGGGACUCUACUCUUAUAGAAAUAUUUGAGUGCAAUGCAACAGCUAGUUCGUGCUAUAAAUUGGCACAUGUUAAACCAGCUAUGAAACCUCUGUCCUGUGCCACUAUGGUGUCAAUUAGAACAGACGAGUGUGGAUUAUUAUGUUUCCAAUACAUGGUCAAAACUGAAGAUGGACACACGUGUUACGUCGAGUAUUAUAUUUCUCCUGUUGUGGACAUGGAAGAAUAAUUCAAAAAAGUACAAAAUAUAAUUCGUCCAGAUCGAAUGAUUCAGUGGCUCCAAGUAUUUCAUUUCACAAGACUUCCACUACUUAUUUAUCUUCUCUGCUACAGUGUAAGAAAUUUUCAUUCCACUAUGUUUCAUUUAUUUAAUAUAAAAAUUUUUCAUAUCCUU